AUAGAAGAAAUGUGAUUUUUUGUUGGGUGGAAAUGAAAUCUGUCAUUCAUGCUUGUGUGCCAACUUAAUUUACUCUGAGCCAGUGACAUAAAUACAGAUAGUUACAAAUCUGAACACAUUUCACAAGUGUUCCCUUUAUAAUGAAACCACAAUUAUUCAAAUAGACCUUGUAGAUGCAGAGAUAUUCUCUUUUCAUUUUGGGUAUGUUAGGGUACGAGCAGAACCCUAAAAAAUAGGCUGGAGCUUAACUGGUUAAGUCACAAUUUGGGUCAUUGAAGGAACUUUGUAAGAAAAAACUGACGCUAACUUCGUGUUUGUGGCUAACAUUUUUUAGAAACUGCCCAAAUGCAAAACAUUUUAUUUCACAAAAAUGUAUUUUAAACCUAUAAAGUCUCUUUUUCGAGUUCAUCCUGUUAAUCUUUGAUACGAUGUAGAAUCCUUGUGCACUAUUUAUUUUCCUCACAAUAGAUUGUGAUAAAGCGUCGAUCCCUUAUCUACAUGGUCAACCUGAUCAUCCCCAGCUGCUUCCUGGUCACAGUGGACCUCUUCAGCUUCCUGUUACCCCCACAGAGUGUGGACCGCUCAGCCUUUAAGAUGACCCUCAUCUUAGGCUACACCGUCUUCCUCUUGCUGAUGAAUGACUUGCUGCCGGUCACUGGCAACACCAUACCUAUUAUCAAUGUUUUCCUCUCCCUCAGUCUUUCCCUGAUGGUGGCCAGCCUUUUAGAGACCAUAAUUGUCACCCAUAUCCAGAACUCCAGCAACAAAAAACAAGUUCCUCGCUGGGUUAGCAUCCUGGUGCUCCGCUACAUAGCCCCCGUCAUCUGCCUACCUCUUAAACCACAGAGCAACAAGGUCACAGUCCACCUCAACCCGUACCACAUACAAGUGGGAACUAGUGUGGCGAAUAGCAACCCAGCGAUACAGUCUUGGCUCCACCCAACUGAUCACCAGCCAAUGAAAUCGGCCCGUGAUCCGGAGGUGAUGGAGGAACUGCGGAGGCUGAGCCAGGACCUGCGCUCCAUCCGUCUUCAGGUGGCGAACCACCUCGACGGAGCACAGACCUCAGAGGAAUGGGCCAAGAUAGGGUCGGUGAUUGACCGGCUGCUGUUCAUAAUCUAUUUUAUCUUCAUCUUCUCCAGCAUCUUGUGUGUCACCAUUCUGUGGAUCUAAGAAUAAUACCAACAUUUUGUCCUAGUAGUCGGUAGGAGUUUAGUUUUGGUAGUUUAUCAGAGUUUUCUGUUUAUAUGCUGUGUGAUUGUAAGGUGGUAGCUAACUUGGUAAAGUGUGUCUGUUAUAAGCCAUGGAUUUGCUGUAUAGUACCUGGCUAGAUGUUUCAUGAAUGGUUUGGUGUGUAGAAUAUUAUCCCAUUUGCCACAAUUGUUCACUUUUCGCGUGGUAGAUAUAUAGGCCUGUGUAGACGGAAUGAUGACAAUAUGAAACAUGUCUGCAUUAAAAUAUCAAAAAAUUACGAAACCUUUGUUGAGUUGUGCAUUGA